AUGAAGUUAGUUGAAAUUUCUGCUGUAUUCACUUGUUACCUGUAUUUUUUUUUCAGUAAUCAAGUUGAAGAAGGAUUUCCACUACUUAAAAAGACAUUUGCAAAAUACCUCGAUAUUCGUUCAGCUAUCCCAAUGGGAUAUUCACUUAGUAAAUCUGCUACUCAGGUUUCUAACAUGCCUACGGAUUCAAAAGGAAACAAUCAUGUGAUUCAAAGGUCUGAGAAAAGCGAGUUGGAACCAGUUACUCAAUUAUUUCAAAACACCAAGAAAGUAAGAUUAGAAGACAUAAACCAAGAAAACUUUAUAAGAAUUAAAGGGACUGGCACAGACUCUCUUUCAGAGAAAGCUGUGGGCUCGAUGGUAUAUGUUAUGGAAAGUGAUGGAAUACAAGUGACAGAUGUGGAAUAA